AUGGAGGCACACCCAUCUGCGGACGAUGCCAAACUCGUGGUUUUGCGUGUACCUACAAGCGCUCUGGACGAGGUCGCCGACGCUCUGCCUGCUUCUUCUGAUCCAGUCGCGCAACCCGCCGUCGCUCAAACGCUAGCAUGCACUCCAUCUGCAGCGCAGUGGUUUCCACUUAACGAUGCAAUCGCUUCACCCGAUCCGGGCCUACUGCAGCGUAGACUGUCUACCAGUCCGCCAGGCCGGCAUGUCUCGUGGGUUGACGAUGAACAACUGGUCAACCUUUACUAUCUCAACUUUCACCCAAGUCACCCCAUUCUCCUUCCGAGGGAUAUGUACUGGCAACAAGGAUAUCCCGUUUAUUUGAAAGCGGUAGUCCAAUUCAUCGGUGGUCGUUUUUCACACACAGCAUCGCCAGAUAACUUGCGCGAGAGCGUGGCACGAGAACUCGAUCAUAGCAACGAAGACACAUUGGAGAUGGUGCAAGCAAGACUUCUCUACGCAAUCACCAUGUUUGCGGACAAUUCUUCAGACCAAGGGCAAAGAAUCCUUGAUACCACGAUCGAACUGGCCCUACGGCUUGGCCUGCACGAGCGGGACUUUGCUACUACGCAUGCUGGCGAUCUGACUGUGCUAGAAGAAAGUAUGCGGAGGACCUGGUACGAACUGUAUGUGAUCGAUGGCUGCAUCGCCGCAUUGCAGCGAAAAUCGACAUUCAAAACCAAUACGGUCAAUGCCGACGUGCUUUUGCCAUGCGACGACUUCACUUACGAAGCCGGCAUGUGCUUUAUGCCAGCAACGAUGGCUGACUUCCACGGAAACGUCUUCGCGGAAGAAGAGAAGAUAUUCUCUUCCUUCUGCUAUCGCAUCGAAGCUGUUCGCCUUCUUGGCCGAGUAUUGACUAUCACUGGAAAGCAUGGUGUGGACAGGGACUUGGUACAAGCUGUUGAUAACGCGCUUGCUGCAUUCCUGUAUCAUUUGCCACGCUCCAAAAGCGAAGCAGAGAUAUCGAAUACGUUCGGUGAUCUGGACGAGCUCAUGCUUCAAGCGCACACUAUCAUCCAAUGGAGUACGAUCCUCCUGCAUUAUCCCCGAGGCGAUCUGAUCUCCCCUGAUCUGUUGACGCAUGACGUACUUGGGGCCAACUGUACCAAGCUUCUCUGCCCAUGCAAUCGUCAACAUAUACACUCCGUCAAAGCCAUCGAAGCGUCCAAAAUCAUAUCCAUGUUAGCCGCGCUACGUUCUACGACCCAGAAACAUACUCCUCUAUUCGUAUACCCGCUAGCCCUCGCUGCUGUGGUCCAGCUUUCUAUAGGAGCGAUGCACGACAAAAGUUCUCGACGUUGCCUGGACCAGCACGCGGAUCGAGUCAAGUUGCUUUUAGGCGUACUCAAGUCCAUGAGCCGACAAUGGUCGGCUGCUGGGACUGUAUUACUGCAGUAG